AUGAGACUUCGGAUUUGAACCAUGAUCUCAAGGGACAAUUAUUUAUUUAUUUUAACUUAACGAAUAAUUAACCACCGAAACUUCCGACGCCGACGCCACACGUCUUCGUUGCGACCGUCCGUCGUUGUUCUGGAUUUUUACUGCCAGUGUCCUCUCACUUUCAUUUUUCCGGUGUAUCUGCAGUAAGGGUGAAGAGAAGACGAAACUGCAGCUGCAGUCUUCGUUUUUAUUGGCUCUUCGAAGACAUUAAAUCUUUGAAUUUACCGACGAAUCCUUACUCCCCUCCGACAGGGAGAUCAGAAGAAAAUACUGUAUUAUGUAUAGUCUGGUUUCCAAGGUCUUGAAGAAGGCCUUGCCUUCUGUGGAAGGUCUUGUUCGCAAUCGAUCAUGUUCUUCCAAGGUCAUAAAGCAUCACCUUUGUACCGUUUCAGCUCUGCAAAGAAAAUUCCAGAGUAAACAAAACCCUGCAGUUUCUAGCAAUUUCACUAAAUUGGGAUCGGAAGGGUUCUUCCGGUCAUUGAGCUUUGCCUCUGGGUUUGCACCCUUGCAGCCGAAGCCCUUGGAAUCUAUUAUUGAUUUGAAAAGAGCCCAGGACAAAUCUGCUGAGGAGCUUGCUGACAUUUGGGAUGAUUUUCACUUGGGAAGGGGUCAUAUUGGCCUAUCAAUGAAAGCAAAAUUGUACCAUCUCCUGGAGCAACGAGCUGCGGAUUGCCGCUAUUUCGUGAUCCCAUUGUGGAAAGGGAGUGGCUACACGACAAUGUUUCUGCAAGUUCAGAUGCCUCACAUGGUGAUCACUGGUCUCGAAGAUUACAAGGCAAAAGGAACCCAGGCUUCUCCAUACCUGACUGUUUCCUAUUACAAAGAAUUCGCAGACAGCAAAGACUUGGUGCUCAUACGCGGCGACAUUGUAUUCGCCAGCAAACUGAGCGACUCCGAGGCGAAAUGGCUUCUAGAGAUGGCACAAUCAUUCUUCCUGAACGAUGUAAGGUACAAACUCGUGGAGAGAUUCAACAAAGAGCCUCGUGAAUUCGAGUUUAGAGAUGUUCUUCAGGCUUUGGAGACGCCCACAUUGUAGUAAUAUUUUGGUUUUUCCAUUACCAACCUUGGUAUUGUCUUGAUGGAAUAAUUUUGGACCAUUUGGUUGUUUUGAAUAUUUGAAUGGAACAAAAUUGUUAGAUUAUGCUAAAUUUAAAUAUUAUAAUAAUUUUAU